AGAAGAAACAAUCAAAUGUGGCCUGCGUUAAAUAAAAGUCGUUCAGAAUUUAUUUAAAAUCCCAAAAUGCACGGAGAUAUAUAUACUCGCAUUAAACUUUAGAAUAUUAAGUGCUUUUUGUCAUACGUCUAACAGGUCCUCUAUGCGGAUUGUUGGAAAACAAUGAAAUUUUUUGUUUGGCCCAGUGCCCUUUGUGUAUAACUAGUGUGCGAGAGUGGCUGACGUUGAUCAUGCCUAUUAAAGGUGAACCGCCUAAACCAAUACCGCUAUUCCCUUCGUCUCAGGCAAUUAAACCAGAUUUCCUGACGAAUCAAUUUCUAUUAUAAGCAUGUACGGUAUAAUGUCAUUAUAUGCGUUCGCGUUCCUUGAAAACAAUACAAAAUCAAAGUAUUAUACAGCAACAAUAACAAAUAACAAGCCUUUUUGUGUGCGUUAGUUUGAGCUUUAAACGGUGGCAUCUCUAGAUAAAAAUCUUGACAUUCAGGUCACCGCAUCACACUUGGCGACAAAUUAAAUUAAAACCUCGGAAGUUUUAAAUGGGACGAAAUUAACGAUGCGCUCGUCGCCUAUAAAGACACUUCAGCAUCGUUCGAGUUUAAAGUCGCAUUUAAAAAAGAAAAAGUCGAAAUUUUCGGCGCAAAUGGGUGAAAGCAAACUCUUGUUGACGUCCUUGUUCCUAAUGUGUAUAUUAGGCUUAAGCGAGGAGUCCCGCUUCAACCCGAAUCGGCGUGUGUCCGAAAUUGAUGGGCCCAGCGUUGCCGUUCGCGGCCAUCAGCCCCGCGAGGGAGAGGGUGCGAAACAAAAUAGUCGCGUACCACAAUUUUUUCCGAUCGAAAGUGAAGCCGCUGGCGAGCAACAUGCUGAAAAUGAAAUGGCACGACAGGGCUGCGAGGGCCGCGCAAAUCUGGGCCCGGAAAUGUCGAUUUCUGGUUCACGACUCGCCCGCGGGUAGACACGUGACCGAAUACGGCGCGUGCGGCCAAAACAUCUUCGUCGCGACGAAGAGGGUGCCCUGGUUUUUCGCCGUAGAAACGUGGUGGUUGGAAAAGGACCGCUUCGCGUUCGGUAAGAAAAACAAUCUGACGGUCGUCGGCCAUUACACUCAGCUGGUCUGGGCGGCGACGCAUGAAGUCGGCUGCGGAUUGGCCGAAUGUUCCGCGUCUAGUGUGCCGUGGAAGAAGUUUUACAAUUACGUGUGUAAUUAUUGUCCCACGGGAAAUUGGCCGGGCCGCGUGGCCCGACCUUACGAGAAAGGGAACCCGUGUAGCGCGUGUAAGAAGAAUUGCAGCCGUAAGCUGUGCCUAAACGCGUGUCCGACCGCAAACGUCUGGGCCAACUGCGAUUACCUGUACAAGGCGCACCCGCAUUGGUUGUGCAACAGUCAGACGCCGAAAGGACGCGAACGAUCGAGUUUUUGUAAAGCGACCUGUACGUGCCGUCACCAAAUACAUUUUUAAUACCGCACGAACCUUUCUUUGUUUUCCAAAUCGUCGACGCUUUUUAAAAGAACUCGGCUCCACGAAUUUUUAAAAAUGCUUGCUUCGCAAGCAUUAAAGACAGGUAGUCAAGUUCACCGCCUAACUAGACAGAACCGCGCGCCAUCUAUCUUAAG